AUGUCGAAACCCUGGGGGAAUAUCGGAGCUUGGGCCGCCGAUUCCGAGCGCGCCGAAGCCGAAGAACGCGAAGCCGCUGCUGAGGCUGCCACUGCCGGGUCGGCUAACUUCCCGAGUCUCAGGGAAGCCGUGACUGCUAAGCCGAAGAAGAAUAAGAAGAUGUCGCUUUCUGAGUUCACCGGAGGCGGUUACGCUUCCGGUGGUAGUGCCGCUGCUUAUCCUCGUUUGACGCAGGAUGAGAUGCUUCGUCUUCCGACCGGGCCUAAGGAACGUUCCGCUGAGGAAAUGCAGUUUAACCGUCUCGGUGGUGGUUUCUCCUCUUUUGAUCGUUCGGGCCGUGGUCGAGAUCGUGAGGGAGGCUCUGGAGAUGCUUCGUGGGGUGCUGGGAGAAGAUCUUAUGGUGGAUUUGAUGAUGAACGCAGGGCACCGAGUUCUAGGGUUUCGGAAAUGGAUCAACAUUCGAGGGCUGACGAGGUGGAUAAUUGGGCUUCGGUGAAAAAGCCACUUCCCUCAUUUGAUUCAGGCCGGCAAAAUCGAUACGGUGGUUUUGGUGGUGAAUCUAAGGCUGAUGGAGUGGACAAUUGGGCGGUUGGUAAAAAGCCUAUUCCUGUCAGGUCUUCUGAUUAUCGUGAUUCUGGCAUGAAUACAGAUCGCUGGUCCAGGGGUUCUGCUGUGGAACCAGAUCGCUGGUCCAGGGGUUCUGCUGUGGAACCAGAUCGCUGGUCCAGGGGAGCACCGCGUGAUAUGGAGCAGCAGCGGCCAAGGUUGGUGUUGGAUCCAAAGAAAGGUGAUGGUUCUGUGAAUGAGGCUCCUGUGAAGACAAAUAAGCCGAAUCCAUUCGGUGCGGCAAGACCUAGGGAGGAAGUGUUGGCUGAGAAAGGAUAUGAUUGGAAGAAGCUCGAUUCUGAGAUUGAGGCAAAGAAGACGAGUAGGCCUUCGAGUUCACAUUCCAGCAGACCUUCAAGUGCUCAGUCAAAUCGCUCUGAAGGUCCAGACGCAGCGCUGAAGCCGAGGCCAAAGGUUAAUCCCUUUGGAGAUGCCAAGCCAAGAGAGGUUUUGCUUAGCGAGCGUGGCAAGGAUUGGAGGAAGAUUGAUCUUGAAUUGGAGCAUCGCGCCGUUGAUAGGCUUGAGACCGUUGAGGAAAAAUUAUUAAAAGAAGAAAUUGAUAAUUUGAAGAAGGAAAUUGAGAAGGAGUCUUCAAUAAGUUCAAAUAAGGAAGUGGAUGAUGCUGCUGGAGGCCAAACUGGUACACGGGCAAUGCUACUAGAGAAAGAAAAGGAGCUGGAACUACUUAUCCGUGAUUUGGAUGAUAAAGUUCGUUUUGGGCAGAAAGCUGUGGAAAGGCCAGGUUCGUCAUCAGGAAAGUCUGCUGGUUUUCCUGAUCGGCCACCAUCUCGUUCUGGCUCAUUUGAGGAUUCUAGAAGUGUGGAUUUUUCGGACCGACCCCGUUCCCGUGGCACAGGAGAUAUGUCGAUGCGUCCUACCGAUGACAGAAGACAAUUUCAGGGUAGCAAGGACAGGGGGUGGUUUUCAAACAGCAGUGACUUGAAUAAGCCACGGUCCAGAGACAGAUGGUGA